AUGGCGGGGAAACAACUGCCAGAGGUUGUUGAUGCUGGAUUUGCAGGUAAGGGAUACUGUUGGCCAUUUUCUGAAUACCAACAAGAGGAUGGAUGCUUGGAUGUGGGUGUGGGACCUCCUCAUCUGCAGCAUGACACUGGGAAUGGUUGUGAAGACAAAUUUGGGUCAUACAGAGAUGGUUCUGAUCAUGGUAAUGUCAGAGAGUUCCGCGUGUCUGCCAAGGAUGACUCAGUGAUUCAAUCUUACAAGAACAGUGGGCUGACUACUCAACGUUCUUCUGGGUGGUAUGACAGCUCUUCAUCAGAUUGGGAACAUGUGCUGAAGGACGAGUUUACAUGGCGAAAAUGA